UUAAUUUAUUUUAAAAAGUUGAUUCCUCCCUUGAAAGGGGACAACUGAUGUUGCUUACCGUGCUUGCAGAAUCAUCGAGUGCGAGAGAGAGAAUCAAGCAAAGAAUCUAUGGGCCCAGUUGUGCAUGUGCUUUAGUAGACGAUGGAAAAGAAAAUGCAGACCUUUUAUAUCUCUCCCUUGCGAGGCUCCAAAGCAAUUCCUUAGAGCUCAUCAAAGUGUGAGAGUGAAGUUUUGCCUACCCCUCCCUCACAUUACUACUUUUUUCCCUUGGCUUUCUUAUCCCUCAAGCAUAGCAGGCAUUCCUUCCCUCUCCAAACCUUUGCUACAAACCAUCUAUAUAUCCCACAUCACCUAGGAAAAAACAAUCUUCUUCCCUUGAUUGAAGCUUGGACAGAUCGAGAGAGAUGUCCGCCGAUUGGGGUCCGGUGAUCGUUGCGGUGGUCCUGUUCAUCCUCCUAUCUCCAGGCCUCCUGUUUCAGCUGCCGGCAAGGACAAGGGUGGUGGAGUUUGGGAACAUGGGCACCAGUGGGAUCUCAAUUCUGGUUCAUAGCAUUCUAUUCUUUGGUCUACUAACCAUCCUGGUCAUUGCAGUUGGUAUACAUGUGCAUGCUGGUUAAUGGAAGAUGGAUAAGAGUGUUACUGCUACCAUCUUGGUCCGGAAUUCUUUGUUCUCGCUUGUAUUCAAUUUGGGUUUAUCGAUCAAUUGGUGUUUUAACAAGUGCUUCCAUUAUAAAAGAUGUAUUUAUUUGCAUUCACACAUUAUUGUUGAAGAAUUUGUGAACGCUUGAUGCCAAACUGGAUUGGAGAUCAGGGUAAAGUAUAUCCCUCUUCCAAGUUUAUGAAAAGCUACAUCUUUUAA